AUGUUUAUCGCUUCACAAAACACCACGCCUGCGUUUAAGGAUUUGACGCUUAUAAUGCCAGCUGUGGCGGUGGGCAAUGUCGGUCAGCUGGCAGUGGACCUACUCAUUUCAACGCUCAACCUUCCCAGGGUGGGCUACCUGCACACCGACUGCCUCAUCCCCAUGGCAGGCAACAACCCGUACGCCACAAGCCAGGAUGACGCAGGGGAGCUGCACACAGCAGCAGAAGUCUAUGCAGCACCUGAGCUCAAGAUUGUAGUACUUCAGAUUAGAGCACCAGUUGUAAAGACCAAAUCCAAACGGUUCCGUCAGCUGCUGCUAUCCUGGAUCAAAAGCAACGGCUUCUCCCGGACACUGGUCCUCUCCAGCAGCCAUGCCUAUCACAGAGAUGACCAGCAAAUGCAAGGCACUCCGUUAAGGUACUUGGUGACGCCAAGCCUCCUGAAAAUCUGUGGCGAUGCCUUCAAGGAGCUGGGCUGGAAGGAAAUGGAAAGGGUGCCUGUUUGCCCCGGACGUUUAGAACGUGGCACACAAGAGCCGAGACUCUACGUCCCUGGUGGAGGUAUCACUAAAAGCCUCUACAUGGACAGUUGCGACGAGGAUGUGCCGCUGGCAGUGCUGCUCGCAUUCUGCUCGGAGGGCGAUAACGUGCCGGACGCCUUGGCGCUGGUCAGUCACUUGGAUGAUUGGCUCCACCUGCUGGACAACACUAACCGAGAGGCCAAAUGGAAGAUACCAACUUCCUGGCGUCUACUGUUUGGAAGCGGCAUCCCUCCUGCCAUCUUCUGA